AAAUCCGUGUUUAUUCCGGCGACUUUUUUUUCUUUCUGAUGACAUUGGCGAUUACGUCACGGCUCAGGCGCAAUUUCGUGUUCCGUCGUAGGAAUCUUGAAUCGUUGUUGUCUCCACAAUGUCAGAAACUUAUCAACGAUCUAAGGUCUUGCAGAGACACCGUCGAAGUUUCUCGAAUUCAUGGUUACAUGGUGAAAACGGGACUCGACAAGGACGAUUUCGCAGUGAGCAAGCUUCUUGCUUUUUCCUCUGUACUUGACAUUCGAUACGCUUCGUCGAUCUUCGAGCAUGUCUCCAACACUAAUCUCUUUAUGUUCAACACUAUGAUCAGAGGUUACUCGAUUAGCGAUGAGCCGGAGCGAGCAUUUUCUGUUUUCAACCAAUUGAGAGCUAAAGGUUUGACCUUGGACCGAUUCUCGUUUAUCACGACUCUUAAAUCAUGUUCUCGUGAAUUGUGUGUUUCAAUUGGUGAGGGAUUGCAUGGGAUUGCUUUGAGAUCUGGGUUUAUGGUUUUUACUGAUUUGAGGAAUGCUCUUAUACAUUUUUACUGUGUUUGUGGAAAGAUUAGUGAUGCUCGGAAAGUGUUCGACGAAAUGCCGCAGAGUGUUGAUGCUGUUACGUUUAGUACUUUGAUGAAUGGGUAUCUUCAGGUUUCUAAGAAAGCGUUGGCUUUGGAUUUGUUUAGGAUUAUGAGAAAAAGUGAGGUGGUCGUUAAUGUCAGUACGUUGCUUAGCUUUCUUUCGGCUAUUAGUGAUCUAGGAGAUUUGUCUGGAGCAGAAUCUGCUCAUGUGUUAUGCAUCAAGAUUGGCCUUGAUUUAGACUUGCAUUUAAUCACAGCUUUGAUAGGGAUGUACGGCAAAACUGGGGGUAUCAGUUCAGCACGCAGGAUCUUUGAUUGCGCCAUUCGAAAGGAUGUUGUUACAUGGAACUGUAUGAUAGACCAAUAUGCCAAAACGGGUCUCCUUGAAGAGUGUGUAUGGCUACUGAGGCAGAUGAAGUAUGAAAAAAUGAAACCGAAUUCAUCUACAUUUGUUGGGCUGUUGUCUUCCUGUGCGUACAGUGAAGCAGCAUUCGUAGGACGUACUGUUGCUGAUCUAUUGGAAGAGGAAAGAAUAGCUUUGGAUGCAAUACUUGGAACUGCACUCGUUGAUAUGUAUGCAAAAGUAGGAUUGCUUGAAAAAGCUGUUGAGAUUUUCAAUAGAAUGAAGGAUAAGGAUGUAAAGUCCUGGACCGCGAUGAUCUCGGGUUAUGGAGCUCAUGGACUAGCAAGAGAAGCAGUAACACUAUUCAAUAAGAUGGAGGAAGAGAACUGCAAAGUGAGACCCAAUGAGAUUACCUUCUUGGUUGUGCUGAAUGCUUGUAGCCAUGGAGGGUUGGUAAUGGAAGGAAUCAGAUGCUUUAAGAGGAUGGUUGAGGCUUACAGCUUCACGCCCAAAGUUGAACAUUAUGGUUGUGUGGUUGAUCUUUUAGGUCGAGCGGGGCAGUUAGAGGAAGCGUAUGAGUUAAUAAGGAACUUACCGAUCACAAGUGAUUCAACGGCUUGGCGUGCUCUGCUAGCUGCUUGUAGAGUAUACGGGAAUGCAGAUUUGGGGGAAAGUGUGAUGAUGAGAUUGGCUGAAAUGGGUGAGACUCAUCCGGCAGAUGCAAUUCUUCUAGCUGGGACACACGCUGUUGCAGGGAACCCAGAAAAAUCAUUAGAUAAUGAGUUGAAUAAAGGGAGAAAAGAAGCUGGAUACAGCGCCAUUGAAAUAGAAUAGAGUAGACAAUCUCUGGCGUUCAUUCACCUCUGACCUUUUUGUUGAAAACUAUAUCAGCAAAAUGUUGUUCAAUAAGGUAAACCCCUGUAUUUACUCUUUCUUUAUGCUUUAAA